UCAGGGCCUGUGAUGCUGGUUCUAGAAUGGGGAGAGGUCAGUGCUGGUACAUCAUGGGGAGAAGAGGCACCAGCCUGAUUCCUACACUGGCAAUGUCUUAUUUUGUGAAGGAAAAAGCUUCUUCAGGUUUUUUAACUUCCAUCCAAGAUGCCAGCAGACAGCUCCAAGUGGCAAAGAGCAAUCUACUAAGUGUUUCUCAGUCUGGGGAGACAUCUCCUCUUGCUGGGCUUCUGGUUCCAGGAGUGCUCAGAAGGAAAACACAGGAAAUUGCAGCUCCUUCACAUGUAGAAGCAACCCUUGUGUAUCAGCAGAAGACACUAAAACAGCCUUGUAGUAGUGCCCAGCAGAGUCCAAGAUUCCCUCUCAGUAGCAGAUCAGGAUACAGGGACAUAAGGUGGGAGCCUUACAGUGGACACUAUUGUGGAAGGUAUUCUAGAAAGUUUCCCCAGCAUAAACAGGAUGAGAUCUCUAUAUGGGAUUAUGCACCUGAACGGGUCAGAGAGAAGCAGCCAUGUGGCCCCUCUGGCAUGUAUUCAUGUAUCUCUGUGAAAGGAUAUCCUCCAACCCAGCAAAGGAAUGGGCAGCACAUUGGUGAGCUGGGCAGCCCAGGAGGAGACUUCCCACUGGCUACCUGUGGAUUUCCUCCCAGAGAUGCUUUUCUUAUGCCCAUAAAACUCAGUAAGAACAGAGGUCAACAGUCAGUGCAGAACCCUCCUCCAGACAUCUGCAUCCUCACUCUUGCCAUGAUGAUAGCUGGCAUCCCCACAGUGCCUGUGCCAGGGAUUAAAGAGGAAGAUCUGAUCAGAGCUGCACAGAACUUCAUGACAGAGAAUCCAGAGCAAGGUAUACAGGGGGAGAUAACUUCAAAAAGGACAGGGGAUGCACAGUUCUGGAAGAAAGACAGACAGAGGAAGAGACCAGUAGACAGAAGCUUCCAGCCCCCUUCCAUAGCACACUUUGAGAAGUAAAGCUAAGGAGAAAUUCACAAUUCAAAGCAAAAGGCUUUCAGGAAAAUAUCUGAUGCUAUAUUUACAUAAAGGUGUUUAUAUUACAGAACUCUAGCUCAAAAGGAAAUUUCUGACCAUACAGUAUUCUGUUCCUGUGAAUGGAGUGUUGAUUCUGAUGUUAACAAAACUGUAAAUGAACCAUUGAGCCAAAACACCCCCACAAACAAUUUGACAUGACAUGAAUAAACCAGGCUGAGCUAGGGUGGAACAAAUUACUGACCUAAAUAGCACCUUCUGUCCUAUUCCCUCACCACUCCCUGUUGACUGGUACAGAAAAUUAUAUCUACAUCUCCCUGCCCCCAGGGUCUUCUUGCCUGAAGGUGCCAGAGAGGGACCGUGCACCAACCCAUCCAUAUACCCCCAUGUCGUGCAGCAGCUUUUACUGGCUGCGACUGAGACUGCUCUCUCCUCAGCAUGCUCCCCUUACCCCGCUACAGUACAUUUAAAUCUGAUUUCUCCACUUCGCUGUUUGUCUUACAGUAACUCUAAAUUUCAGAUUUAUGGAUCAGGGGGUAGCCGUGUUAGUCUGGAUCUGUAAAAAGCAGCAAAGAGUCCUGUGGCACCUU